AUGUCAGCUAGUCUUUUCAGAUCAAAACAGCACACAUCUAAAAAGAACCUCAAAAAACUUACCAUAUCGGCUCCAUUAUGUUCUCCCAAUGGUGCCAGCCCAAGAUCAUAUACCGCCUCGCCUCAAACUCCUUCCACACCCGCCAAUUAUGGGAAUAAUAACCAUGCUUUCCCUGUCAUAGUGUUGGUAGCGAAAUACAGGUUCGUUGCCGAGAACUCGCAAGAACUCAGCAUUGAACCAAAGAACUACAUGAAACUUAUCGAGAGACCCGGGAAUGGUUGGUUGAAGGUGCAAAUAUUGGACAAAUAUGACAAGGUCGGGUUAGUUCCCGCCUCGUAUGUGGACAUUCAAGUCAACGACGGUCUCAAUCCAAUCUCGUUAAAAUGGUUAAACGAAUACAGAGAUACCAUCACCGACCUCGACACCCAGCAGGAGCAACAGGAAGCUCAACGCAAGGAAGAAUUGGAGGACCUUUUCGACUUUGAAAACAUCCCUGCAUCAAUCGUGUUCGACCAAGUCCUUCAAAAUGCCACCAGAAGAUACUGGUACAAGAUAAGAAUUAUGUUUUCGAAUAAGGAUGUGAUGUAUAUUGGCAAAACAUAUGAGGAUUUUUACAACCUCCAUGUUUUACUCAAUAAGACCCACCCGGAAAUCGACCUUCCUAAAUUACCCAUGCCUUUGAGGCUGUCAUCAUCACCCACACAUUCCAACACCAACAUAGAUAGAGGGUUCUAUAAUGACUUACAAGAAAGAAGAAUGAACUUGGAACACUAUAUGAACAGGAUUGUCGAAGUUGACAUAUUGCAGAGGUCCAAAGAAGUGUUUAAUUUCUUGGAUGUUUCUAGAAGAGUAAGAAUGACGGCAAACGAGUUGAAUGAAGAGAUGAAAAAGGCAUAUUCGACUGGAAAGCAAGCCGAAGCUGGUGCUGGCUCAACCAGCGAGGCCACAAUUGAUGGGUUGACCUUGCAUAAACAUCAGGAGAUUGCUAACCAGCUCUUUCCAGAGUCUGUCGAAAUCAGUAAACUUCUCAACAGUUCACGUUACUUUUCUCCAACUGCACCAUUACCCCCUCCAUUAUCCAAGUCUAAUUCAUCAACAUCUCUCUUGAACCGCAAGAACGACUCAAAUGUCAAAUACUCCUCAUACAUAAACCAAGCUGACCAACCAGAGACCAAGAAGUUGGUGAACUCUACUAGUUCAAAUACUUUGAUGAGCUACACCUCGAUAAUCGAUGUCUAUGAUGAUGACGAAGAAGUCGAGGAAGAUUCGACCAAGGACGAUAGCUUCAACCAAACACAGUGCAAGGAUAAUUCCAUGGACACCAAGGCAAGCUCUAUAACCGAUUCCAAACUCGGGAAACCAAUCGAAACGAUGUUGCCCGAGAAACACGAUUCUGUGGCCACUGUGGUAAGCACAGGCACUUCGGCAGUAAUGUCACCAAAUGCAGCAUACAAGUUAAAUCACUAUUCUACGAACUCAUCCACAAGCGAACAAGACUCGAUAUUCUCAAACAAGCUUAAUGGAGAAUCACCAACCACAUCUACCGCCCCACUUUUGCCGGUUGGUCAGGUUGAGGAGUUUACUAUGAGCACACCAAACACACCAACCACUCCUAUCAUUGAGGAUGCAGAGUUUGACGCUAACAUUUCCCCAACCAACCGCAAUAGCAGAUCCCCAAGAAGUGGUGACGAGAGGAACCACGAAAGAACCCCAAACGGGGGCCACGACUACAUCAAGAUUAAGAUUUCUCUCAACAACAAAGAAGACGACAUCGUCGCUUUGAGAAUCAAGAGAACCAACUUAAUUUCAAUUGCAUACUUGAAAAAGUUAUUAUCAUUCAAAAUCUACAAGGAUUACAACUUAACCAAUCAUUACAAAUUACAGGUGAUUGACAAAGCCGGUAAUGAGGGUAACGACUUGAGCGAUGACGAGUUAUUGGAAUAUCUCAAGUCCAACACAAAGGUGAAUUUGAGCUUAGCACGGGCUCGAGUGUGA